AUGAAAAAAUUAAAGAGAAUUGGGGUUCAAGGUCAAACGCUGUGCUGGUUUCAAUCUUUCCUUUCAAACAGAUCUCAACAAACAAUCAUUGCAAAUUCACUAUCUGAAAGUUUAAAGAUCACUGUUGGAGUGCCGCAAGGCUCCAUACUUGGACCAUUAUUGUUUAUAAUAUACAUUAAUGGUGUGCAAUCAUGCUUGAAAAACUGCCGUAUGGUGAUUUUUGCAGAUGACAUAGCAAUGUUUUGUCCGGCUUCAACAGCAGUAGAAUUACAAGCCAAACUGGACUUUGAUCUACAAGGUGUCAUGAAUUGGCUUCGGAACAACAAGUUGUUGCUAAACGUUCCCAAAUCAAAACUGAUGAUUAUCGGAAAUUCAAGAAAGUUGAAAGAGUUUGCGAACAUUCAGCUAAUCGCAAAUGAUACACCAUUGGAAAGAGUCCAAAAUUUUAAGUACCUUGGUGUUAUUAUUGACGAGAAUCUUUCUUGGAAGAGUCAUAUCGAAAAGUUACAGUUAAAAGUCUCACAACGCCUCGGCAUCCUACGCAGAAUAAAGCACCUGCUACCUAAGCAUGCACGGAUAAUAUUUGUCAAUACAAUGAUCACGUCAUUACUGGAUUAUGGUAGCCUGGUAUGGGGAGAUAAGAAAAACAAGAUUAUGAUGGAUAGUUUACAAGUAUUGCACAACAAGGCAGCAAAGUUGGUACUGGAUAGACCAAUGCUUUCCUAUUCUAGUGAUGCCCUAAGAAUAUUACACUGGUCUACCUUGAAGCAAAGGCGAAGUAUACGUAGAUGCCUCUAUGUAUAUAAGUCAAUAAAUGGGAUAAAUGAUAUUGAUAAUACAUUUAUCCGAAAUGCAGAUGUUCAUGGUUACAAUACAAGACAUAAAAACGAUUUACGGCCAAUGAAAUCCAGUACUUGUAAAGGUCUACUUAGAUCAAACUGUGAUUUCAUUGCGGACUGGAACCUUUUAGAUCAAAAUAUUAGAAGUUCGUCUUGUUUAUCUAAUUUUAAACGUGCUGUUUUUAAAUUUUUUAAAUCAAUAUAG